AAACAGCCAUGUAGACAUCGCGUGUAAGCCUCGUUCGCUCGUUCCACUGUAGACUCGUGCUGGCAUACUAUUUCCCUGAGCGAUUGCCCAUUCUUCCGCACUCAUCCCUCGCUUCCAGGCCCGAAACGCGAGCCCAAUGAAUGGCUGUCAUUGAUGCGCGUCGGCGCCGACCACGGAAACCUCGGACAUCUAGCAGCUUCACAUAACGCACCAUCUACGUAAAUCAAUAGACCACCAGCUUCACAAGUGGAUCUGCAGCCUAAAAGCGACCCGCAGCGACACUUGCGUAGAUCCCCAUACCCCGUGGCUUCGCAAACCUGCCCCCACUCAACCAAAGUAUGGCAGAGCUGCACAAGGCACUGGAGUGCCUACGCCCAAAGGACUUUGCAGAUAUCCCGGUGAAUGACCUGAAGACCUUCCUUCCUGAAAUCUUCGCCAAGGCAGAGCUCAUAGCGAAUUCCGUACCGCCACCGCCCAAUGGCACGCCCUACGAGUCGUCGCAACGCUCCCGCAGCGAUGCGAAUUGCGCAAGAUCCGCGGCAGAACUUACGAUAUCGAAGGCCCGAAGGCCGAUACGACCAGAGCACGAGGCGUUACACAAAGCAUGGGGAAAGCCGGUGAAGCUGGGCGCGAAGGAGACGGCGACGGGCAUUAGUGUGUUCAAGAUGGCGGGACACGAUAGACACGGCGCGUGGUUUGCGAGGACAAGCGUGCAUGAGGGGCUCGGUUUUGCGAAAUGGAAGAAAGCCAUGAUGCGCGAGUUCCCAGCAAGUCUGGAGGUACAAGGCGGGCCGGGAGAGGGCAACGUGCGGGGGAUUGGCGGAGACCAACGCUUGGAGGACAUUAAUGUUGACGGGAUCGGGAAGCUCGAGGUGUACCAACUCUCCGCACAGUUCCCUGGACCGACCGCCCCUCGCGAGUUCCUGACCCUUCUGCUCACUUCGCCCAAUUGCCUGAGCAACGCGUCCAAAGUCGGCGACGUAAUGCCACGACACUACAUGGUCGUCUCAAUACCUGUUUCACAUGAGAGUGCGCCCCCGAGAGACGGCAUGGUUCGCGGCCAAUACGAGUCCGUCGAAAUGAUCCGCGAAAUUCCACUCGCGCAUUCUCGACAUACGAACCCUGUCGAAUGGAUAAUGAUUACGAGAAGCGACCCUGGGGGUGGUAUACCACGAUUCAUGGUCGAGCGAGGUACCCCGGGAAGUAUCGUCAAUGAUGCCGGAAAAUUUCUGGACUGGGCAUGCUCGAAUGAUGAUUUCCCCUCUCGAGAAGAAGACGAACAGCACUCAACAGUGGCUGAACCCCUUGAAGAACAUACCAGGCAAAGUUUCGACCGUCAGCCAAGGCUAUCGAUAGUAGAGAACAAUGGUAUACUAGCCGGAGUAGGUACAAGCAUCGCAGACCGUCCCGUGUCCAUACGCCACCCCUCUCAGCGAAACCUUGACGCUAUCGCCCAGGCUAUCAACUCGCUCCACCGAACAGACUCGCAAAGCUCUACAGCGACCAGCUUAUCAAGUAUCGAUUCCUUCGCCUCUGCAGAACAGUACAACACCGCCCCUGAAGGUCCACCCGUCUCCUCCCCUCUCUCCACCACAUCUAACACUUCCAUUCCUCUCGCCUCAGGCGACUCGUCAAAGUCCCCCACACAGCUGCAAGACCGCCACAACCGCGAACUCCAAAAGAUUGAAGAGAAGCGCGCCAAAUUAAAAGAAAGGCUUGACGCCGCGCGCAGCAAGCAGGACCAAUCCACCCUGUCCUUGACCACCAAGUCCGAAAAGGAGCUCGAAAAAACCGCCGAAAAACACGCCCGCGAGAAAAAGAAGCAAGAGGAGAAAUUCGCCAAGGAAGUGCGAAAGCUCGAGGCCCGCCGCGAGCGCGAAACCAAGAAGCUCCUCGCGCGCCAGCAGAAGGAGGCUGACAAGACGGCGCUCCAGAAAGCGCAACGCGAGCGUGACGAGUACAAGUCGCGGGCGGAGCUAGCGGAGCAGGAGCUCAGGAUUGUGAAGGAGCAGAUUGGUGAGCUGCAGAGGGAGAAUACGGCGUUGGUAGCGGGUAUGGGGAAGAGUGAGAAGGGGAUGGAGGUGUUAAGGCGCGUAAGGGAGGAGUUGGAGGGGAAGAAGGGGAGGGAGAGGGCGGGGAGUCGGGGGAGUAAUCGUAGCGGGGGGAGCGGGUCAGGGAGGAAGAGUGGGCAUCAACGGGAGGGGAGUGGCUUAGCUAAGGGGGAGGGCCCAGAGUAG